UGAGUUCACACGUGCGAUCAUGACAUCACCGUGUUCAAUGACGUAGCAUCAUGGCGGCGCCCCACAACACCAUGAAAUUCUGGAAACCCGGCUCAGAGGCUCCGGGUGUGUGUGAGGAGAGAGAUCUGUCCACUGAGACCACCGGCUCGCCCAUCAUCUUCAACCCGCACACAGCUCUCUCCAUAGAGAAACAGAGGCAGAGGCUGCCCGUCUUCAAGCACAGAAACAACAUCCUCUAUGUGGUGGAGAGUUUCCAGACUGUGGUGAUCGUCGGAGAAACAGGAUCUGGGAAAAGCACACAAAUCCCACAGUAUCUGCUGGAGGCCGGCUGGGCUGCGGAGGGGAAGGUGAUCGGCGUGACGCAGCCUCGACGCGUGGCGGCCACAUCUGUGGCCGGCCGCGUAGCAGAGGAGAGAGGGGCGUUUCUCGGGCACGAGGUGGGAUACACCAUCAGGUUCGAUGACUGCUCAGACCCACACGCCACUCGCAUAAAGUUUCUGACGGAUGGGAUGCUGGUUCGGGAGAUGAUGUCGGACCCGCUGUUGAAGAAGUACAGUGUGCUGAUGCUGGACGAAGCGCACGAGCGGACGCUGUACACGGACAUCACCAUCGGCCUGCUGAAGAAGAUUCAGAAGAAGCGGAGAGACCUGCGCCUGAUCGUAGCCUCGGCCACUCUGGACGCCAAGAAAUUUCAAGAUUUCUUCAACCUGAAUGAGACUGGAGACCCAAAUAAAGACACCUGUGGCAUUCUGACGGUCGAGGGCCGAACGUUCCCGGUGGAUAUCUUCUACACUGUCAGUCCUGUGCCAGACUAUGUGAAGGCGACGGUGGAGACCGUGCUGAAGAUCCACGAGACCGAGGAGGACGGAGACGUGCUGGCGUUUCUCACAGGACAGGAGGAGGUGGAGAAGGUGGUGUCUCUGCUCCAGGAACAGGCGCGCACCCUGUCCCGCUACGGGAUGAAGAAGCACCUGUGUGUGUUGCCCAUGUACGCGGGCCUGCCCUACAGCGAGCAGAUGAGGGCGUUCGAGAGGAUGCCCCCCACUGUCAGAAAGGUGGUGGUCGCAACCAAUAUAGCGGAGACCUCCAUCACCAUCAACGGCGUGGUGUUUGUGAUCGACUGUGCGUUCGUGAAGCUGCGGGCGUAUAAUCCCCUGACCGCGAUCGAGUCUCUGAUCGUGACGCCCAUCUCUAAAGCCUCCGCCUGCCAGAGAGCCGGCCGCGCCGGGAGGAACCGCGCCGGGAAGUGCUUCCGCCUCUACACCGAGGAGGACUUUGAGAAGCUGCCGGCGUCCACGGUCCCCGAGAUGCAGCGCUCGAAUCUGGCUCCGGUCAUCCUGCAGCUCAAAGCCCUGGGCAUCGACAACGUGCUGCGCUUCAGCUUCCUCUCCCCUCCUCCCGCUCAGUCCAUGGUCCAGGCCCUGGAGCUGCUCUUCGCUCUCGGAGGUCUGGAUCAGUACGGCCGCCUCACGGACCCGAUGGGGGUGCGGAUGGCCGAGUUCCCGCUCAGCCCCAUGUUCGCCAAGAUGCUGCUGGAGUCGGGGAACUUCGGCUGCUCCAAGGAGAUCGUCACCAUCGCGGCCAUGAUGCAGAUUCAGAACCUUUUCACGGUGCCACACAACCAGAGGAAAGCAGCUGCGCGGGAGCACCGGAAGUUUGCCGUGGCGGAGGGGGAUCACCUCACAAUGCUGAAUGUGUAUGAGGCUUUCAUAAAGCACCAGAAGAGUUCGCAGUGGUGUCAGGAUCACUUCCUCCACUAUAAAGGUCUCCUGCGGGCCGUGGCCGUGCGGGAGCAGCUGCGACACCUCCUCAACAAGUUUAAGGUGCCUCGCACCUCCAGCGAGGGUGACCCGGAUGUGAUUCUCCGAUGUAUCGUGUCUGGGUUUUUUGCGAACGCCGCCCGAAUGCAUCACUCCGGCUCCUACAGGACUCUACGUGACGACAGAGAGCUGUUCAUCCACCCCGAUUCGGUGCUGUUUGGAGAAAAGCCCCCAAAAUGGGUGGUCUUCAACGAGGUGGUUCAGACCAGCAAGUACUACAUGCGGGACGUGACCGCGGUGGAGUCGUCCUGGCUGGUGGAGCUGGCGCCGCACUUUUACAAACAGGCCAAGCACGGGUCUCUGAACAGCAAACGGGCCAGGGUCUUCUGAGCGCCU